UUCAUUUUUGUUUUCAUCUGAAAACCGAUCGCACAUCGAGUCCAAUGGUUGUUCUCGUUUCCGAUAUGGAAUCGCUCCAACAGCAGCACCAGCACCAUUUAUCGGGAAGUGAGGUUGCCGGUACACGCACCGGAGAUGCUAGUGCUCCUAUCACAACGAUCACCACGACGACCAGCACCACCAGCUCCACCGCCGCAGUGCUACUUAUUGCCGACCUGAGUUCAAUUCGCAUAAAAGGCGACGAAUUGUCGCGGUCUGCUUCAUCUCCUUUGAUGAGCAGCCGAUCGAAGGAAAUACCCGGCCUGGACAGCCAACGGUCUACCCACUGUCCGGUGGUACGGGAGGGUCCCGCGCUGGGUUGCAAUUUCUGCUGGAACACAAGGAGGAUACUGCGACGGAAAACCAAGUACCACUGUCCCGAGUGCCAGACGAACUUGUGCAUUGCGCCCUGCUUCCAGGAGUAUCACGAACGCCAAUCGGCGGAGAACUCUGCCCCGACCAGCAACGACAGCGGAAGCGGCUGUGUGUAUGGUGUAGGUGGAUUGUACGCAAAAGUGGAUCUCCGAUUUGUUGAGAACCUUUACUUUUGCGGAAUUGUGUCAUUCUCUUUGUUGUUUUUGAUGGGUAAGAAUAGAACACACAUUCAGACAAUUGCUAGGAAGAAACAUUUUUUGUAACGCUGCC